AUGGCCAGCCAUUUUGUCGACUGGCUCUGGCGCACUAUCGUCGCGCAAUGUGAUAGAACCGCGUCGUUCUUGAGGCGGCUGUUAGAUAGCCUUCGCCCGACGACUGUGGCCAAAUCUGUUCCGCCUCCGCACAUUUGCCCACGUACGCUGAAAUACCGCCGAACACCAGGACCUUGGCGUCGUAACCUGUUACCAACCCUACCCGAUCAAGCUUUUGUUAUCCCGGCCACUAUACCUUACGGAGAAAUAUACUUUCGCACCAAGGGAAAUUAUGUUGGUCAAGGAGCAACUUCGUUCGUGGACAGACUUCCAUCUGGCGACAUCAUAAAAUACCCGAAACCAAACCCUUACUGUCCCGAGAAGGAGAACACAUGCCGCCAGCAGAUGAGGACUGAAGCCGAAGCUUACCAACGCAUUGGCGACAAUGCGCGUGUUCCAAGACUGAUCAGCUGGGAUGCCAGCGCGUGCUCCCUGAUAAUAGAAUACCUUGAGAAUGGGAAUCUUCAAUCAUAUCUGGACGAUCACAACGAGACAGUCACGAGCGAACAGAGACGUCUCUGGAUGAGACACGCUGCAGAGGCGCUGGUCGCAGUGCACUCGGCGGACAUAAUACAUUGUGACGUUACACCCCGCAAUUUUAUGCUCAACGAGGCUCUUGAGCUACACAUCGCGGACUUCGCGGGAUCGUCAGUCUCGGGUUCCCCCCCAACAAUCACGACAAGUGCAAGGUUCCAGCGACCAGGAUGGGACUGGAAGCCGACGCAAGCUGACGACCUAUUUGCGCUGGGCUCUGUACUCUAUUACAUUCAGACCGGGCAUGAACCUUAUCCUGAUAUCACUGAGGAAGAGGUCCACGAUCGCUUCUCGGCGGAGAAUUUUCCUGAAGUGUCUAUGCUCCGCUGCGGCAGUAUUAUUCGCCGGUGCUGGGCAGGCAGCUGGGAUGACGCACAGCAAAUUAUUGAUGCUUUAGCUAUCACUGAAGGAUCUUAA